CAGUGUUUCCAUUUUGCGAGUCCAGCUUCUUGAGUUGUUAGCAUAUGGUUGCUAGCCAGCGAGCUGCUGAAAGCGUUUGUCUUUCGUCUUGUUUGCGGGAGUUAACAGGUAGCUGAAUGCAACACACUCCUUCAGUACGUGUGCGCACUACUUUUUUUCUGUACUUUAAAUGUGCCCUGCAAGCCAACUCUUUCCAUCUCCCGCUAAACUGGACCGGGGCACAGUCGGGAUAAUCCAGGCUCCUUCGACUCUUUCGUCCCGUGUGAUAUGACAUCACGACUCGGUUACAAGAAAAGCCCGAGCUCCACAGAAGACGGUUGACAUCUGGUCAGGUGCAGUUCAAAAGGAUGGCUGCUCAGGUGGAGGUUCAAACUGCUGAGAUAGGGAGGACAGUGGCAGGAGGACGACAUCACCUGAGUCCCAGCAAUAAUAGCCUCAUUGAUAUACCAUCUGUCAAUGAGCCGCAUCUCCUCGCAUCUGAACCAAACAAACCUGUCCCCACCCCCAAGCCACGUCUUACUCCCAAACCUUUUUCUGUGCAGAAAAAUCCCACAAUUAAGCCAAUACUUGCCCCAAAGCCUCAUACCAAACCCCGACCUGAGUCCACUCGCCUUGCUGGAUACAAACCAGAGCUUCCAAGCAACCCAAAACCACAGCAACCAGUUGCCAGCAGCAAACCCAGACCAGUUUCAAACAGCCCCAACCGUCCUGCCUCUACCUCCUUUAAUUCAUCCCCUAAGCUGAACACUGGACAAACAACAAAGCCAGUAGUCCAGCCAUUUAAACCAGCUCCCCAUCUUGACACUGGAGACCCAAGCAGACCCACCCCUCCUGUGCCAGCAGAGAGACAGAAACCGACAAGCUUGGCUUUCUCCAAGAACUUUGAAAAUCUUCCAGCUGCAGAGUGGUCUGGUACCACUACAAAGGAAGAUGAGAGAGGCCAGAAUGGACAGGGUAAAGGUUUAACCUCGCUUACUAGAGCAAAGUCCAUGGGCUUUCUUCUUCAGGCAGGGCAAGAGAAAGAAGCAAAAGAAAAAGUUCAGCCUGAAACAUCUGUGCCUCUGCGACCCCAUCCUAGAGGGACCAGGCCCAGACCCGUAUCAGCCAUUUUCCCCAGCAGUCCAAAUAAGACGGAGGCACCGCUUCCUGCUCCUCGCUGGUCUGGGAGACGACCCCUUUCAGCUGAUCUCACUGCUAAAUUUGAGUCUAUUGGUCUUUCACUGCACCAUAAAAUUCCUGAGGCAAAUACAGAAGAGGGUCCACAAGGAAAAGCACUACCACAAAAGAAAGAAGAAGAAGAUAAAACCCUUAUGAGUACCACACCACAAAGUACUGAUGAUGUAUGUAAUUCCAUCCUCUCAGACCACAGCAACAAAAACAAAGAAGAAAUGCCUGUGAAAGAGGCUGAUGAAGAUAAGCGUCGGGUUAGCAUCAAGUCGCGAAUAAGUCUUCUGCUCGAUUCUCCAUCCUCUCCUGGUGUAGCUGCUGCAGGCCAAGGAUCAGAUCUUCGCUCUCCAAUGCAGCCAACUCCUGAAAUUGAACCACCAGUGGGUGUUAAACAGCUCAUCAAGCAGCUGACAGAGGACACAACACCGACUCAGAGCCCUGUCCUAAAACAAGCACCGAAGCCCCGCCCCUUGCCCCUUGACCUAACUAAAAGGUUUUCAGCUGAGAGGUCACCUGACCCUGUUUUCCUCACUGAGGCAGUGGACCGUCAUGAUAUCAACAAAGAUCCUCAGAAGAGGGCUGAAGAGUCACCUAUCACACCCAAUGACCAGAAGACAUUUUUGGAUUUAAAAGGUUCCCAAGAGCAGCCCAAAAAGGUCCCCUCGCCUGAAGGGCCUGAAGCAGGACAGCCAUUUGGCACCAUUUCCAAGGAAAGUGGUGCUGGCAAUGGAGUCCAAACGGUGCGAGCAUCCUUGUUUGAUAAUAUCGUGGAGAGGCACAGCGUGCUGAUGAUGGAUGAGGGUUCAUCUGUUAACAUGACCAAAGAUUUCCUCAGCAGCCCAUCGCCAUUUAAGAGAGCAGUUACAGAAAAUGAUGGCACUCUGUUCAUGGCAACUUACAGCCAACCUUUAUCGCCCUCGAGCCCUUUGCCUGUGUUACAUGCCUUUGACACAGUGCAGGCUGUCGAAGAGAGCCGGGCAGUAAGUGAGAGCAUCCCAUCAGCUCAUUGGGAGGAUAAGGCAAUGACCCUCCGCUCCAGACGUUCAGAAGGGAGCAGGCCUCUAGCAGAAUGGACCGGUGCUGCAGAAGAACAGCCACCUUUGGCAGUGAUGCCUGAAACGCAGCCAAGAUAUCUGAGAAUAGGAGCUUUACAGAAGUGGGCCAUUACUGGUCUCGACCAAGGUGUAGAUAUGGAGAAAGGGAUGCUAAAGGAAUCCCAAAGGGAAGGACAAGUGGCUUUAGAUAAAGACAGAGAGAGACAAAGAAUGGCAGAACAGGAAGAAGUGGCUGCGGCCCCUAAACGCUUAAAAAUACUGCAGGCAGAAGAAAUAGGAAAACCCAGGGCAACCUACUUUGCUUUGACCGGACAAAUACAGGAGGCAGUUUCUCUUGAGGGUGCAGGGAUAAACACUGGGGACAUGACUGUCCUUUUUGAUGAUUCCUUUGGGAGGUCUGUCCUGGGUGGCCCUCAAGUGAAGAGUCUUCCAAUAGGGGAGAGUCCGUCUUUAGAUGAUCCUUUUGGAAAAAAUGCUCCAUCUCAAGAGCAGGAAGAGUUGAUAAUGAUGAGCCACAAGCCACCCAGGGAGAUCAGAUCAGCCUUGGAUGGACGGAGUAAAGAAGAAAAGAAAGAAGCUGAAAAGAAAAUGGAGCAAAAGAAGGAGAAAGUGACGCACAAGACUAAGAUGAAAGAAGUCGAAAAUGAAAAACAGAAACAGCUGGAAAAUGAAAAACAAGCACAUUCCGAAUUUGCACAAAUGAAGGCUAGGGAGAUGCAAAGAGAUUUUGAAAGGCAAAGACAGAAGCCAUUUGAAAAGGAAAAACAAGAAUUUGAGGAGAAACAGUAUGCCCUGGAUAGGCAAAAACAGACUGAGUUUGAGAAGGUGCAGGAAUUAGAGAGGGAGAAACAGAGACUUGAAAGAGAAAAGCAAAGGAAACUUGAGAAUGAAAAAAGGCGAGAACUAGAGAGACAAAGACAGAUUGAAAGAGAGAAAAUAAAGGAAAGGGAGAGACAGCGUGAAAAGGAGCAGCAAAAACAAAAGGAGGAAGAACAGCUCUUAGAGCUUCAAAGACAGAAGGAAAAGGAAAUGCAGCAGCUUGAGAAGCAGAGACUAAAACAGAAAAAGGAGAAAGAGGCAGAGAAGUUGAGACAGAUGGCAUUAGAGCAGGAAAUGUUAAGAAUAAAAGAGCUUGAAAGAGAGAGGGAGAUGGAGAAGGAGCGUCAGAAAGAGAUAGAGAGGGAGAAGCAGAGAGAGCUGGAGAAAAGGAGACAACGAGAUUUAGAAAGGGAGAGACAGAGACAACAAGAUAUUGAGAGACGGGAACUGGAAAACCAGAGGCUGAGACAACAGGAACUGGAGAAGGAAAGGAAGAGGAAGGAGGAUAUAGAGAUACUUAAAGAGCUGGAAAGGUUACAGCUCCUGGAGUUUGAAAAGCAAAAACAGGCAGAGAGGGAGAGACAAAUUUUGGAGCUUGAGAAACAGAGAAAGCUAGACACUGAGAGACAAGAGUUAGAAAACCAGAGGCUGAGACAGCAGGAACUGGAGAAGGAAAGGAAGAGGAAGGAGGAUAUAGAGAUACUUAAAGAGCUGGAAAGGUUACAGCUCCUGGAGUUUGAAAAGCAAAAACAGGCAGAGAGGGAGAGACAACAAAUUGUGGAGCUUGAGAAACAGAGAAAGCUAGACACUGAGAGACAAGAGUUAGAAAACCAGAGGCUGAGACAGCAGGAACUGGAGAAGGAAAGGAAGAGGAAGGAGGAUAUAGAGAGACUUAAAGAGCUAGAGAGAUUACAGCUCCUGGAGUAUGAAAAGCAAAAACAGGCAGAGAGGGAGAGACAACAAAUUGUGGAGCUCGAGAAACGCAGACAGAGGGAGAAUGUGGAAAGGGAGGAGGCAGACAGGAUGAGAGUCAUAGCCAAGCAACAAGAAGCAGAGAGACAGCGACUGAAAGAGAAACAGAGGAAAGAGGAGCAAGAGAGGCUUAAGUUGGAGUCAUCAUCACCUCUGAGGCCCAAAGUUCUUGAUCUGGACUCAGUGCUCAGAACUGACCCAAUAUCUAAGUCUACUUCUCAACGCAGUGAUGCUGCGACACGCUGGAAGGAGCCCUACAAGCCUGGCAUUCUUGACAUAGACUCCUUUACAUCUCAAGCUCAUCAGUCACCUAAUAAAGACCUGUUUCCUCUGUUGAGUAUUCAGGGACUAAAUGCUGAAUCUGGCGGUCAAUUACAGCCUACACCUGAAAGUGAUGUUAGCUGGAAGAUGCCACCACUGACUUCAGUAGGUAUCUCAAACCCAGUAUGGACAACGCCUCCUCAGGACCCAUGGGAGCUGCGGUCUGUUGAGAUGUCUGUGGACCAGCCUAAGACUGAAAAUAUAAAAUAUGCUAACAAACACAUUCCAGAACUGCUCCUUCCCAGUCAGGAAGAACGCAUCCCAACUCAACAGAGGCCUUGGUCUGCUUUCCUGGAUGAGUCACUCCAUUUGGCCCCUUUUCCUUGGACAGAGGUUAAAAGUGGUAACCCCCCAGGUGGACUCCCCAGCAGCACUCGUGCAGAGCAGAUCUGGUUGCCUAGAGAGCUAAAGCCUCAGGAGGACAGGGGAAAGGCCCAGAGGAGAUCACACGGGUCCCAGGAGUUGAAUAGAUUGCGGUCUCGGAGUAUGUCACGGCGAUCGGCUCCUGCGGGUAAUGCUGCUGAGGGAAGCCUUUCCAGGAUAAGGAGUCGCAGCGCCCACAGAGAGCAGGACCGUCACAGCUGGGUACAGCAGAAGCAAAGUGGCAGUGGUGAAGAGGAGGGGAAGGACUCACCAGUCCGUGAGAGUGACAGCCAGUAUGGGACCUGGGAGACAGGACUACGCACUGAUGAUAGUCUGACACCUGUGACUCCCAGCUCAGACAGCAAUCUCAGUCCUUCACCUAGGAAGCCCACUCCAGCGCACACACCAGGUGAUCAUGCCUCACCGUUUGAAAGCGACACUCUGGAUGGCCUCCCUCAAUCAUCCUCACCUGAGAGCCAGCCGCUCUCUUUCCCUGAUGCUCCAACCACCCUGUUAGAUACCAGCGUGCUCCGCUCUAGAGCCCAGCUGGGGAAGAAACGAGCCCCGCGGACACGACCCACCAGGGCUGCACGUCAGAGUGCUGCACAGGCUGAAGUGGAGGAAGGAACCACCGAGGACUGGCUUUACAGAGACUCUACAGAGACAAAGGCUGAGAGCAAAGACGAUGACUCAGACUCUGAGCAGCAGCCCAAAGGUGCUGAUGCUGCACCUGCUAUUGCCUCGCAGCCACAUAGGGUUGCCCUGUUCCCUGGGAUGGACCCUUCAGCUUUAAAGGUGCAGCUGAAGAAGAGAGGUGACUCUGACAAUCAAAUUGAUGGACCUGCUCCCUCUCCCUCGCAGCUGUCUCGCUCUCCUAAGUCCCCCUUUCUCCCAAGGGCUGCGCGUGUGCUGCCCCCAUCUGGCGGAAAAGAAAAUGGUGAGGAGGAUUCACCCCAGUGGUUGAAAGAGCUCAAAUCCAAGAAACGCUUGAGUCAAUAUGAAAACGAGAGCUAAAUAAAUAAUGAGGUUGCCUUAACAGAUGAAUCUGUAUGAAACAGAAGCCUUAACGUUUGACCCAGAGAGUAGGAGGAGGGUAAAUCUACAGCUGCUGAUGUAUAUAUUUUUUUCCCCCCACUUUUUGUUUUUCUCUUCCCAUCUGGGUCGAUAAAUGUGCAUGGUGCCUUUUUUUUGGAGAGUCUCUGUCUUUAUGAAAAAAAAAAGAAAAACGAGCGAAGAGGAAAACAUCAGGCUGCUCUGAUUCGUCCAUUUCAUGCUUGAACCCACGAAGGCUCUAGAAUGGAGUUCACGUGAACACUUUAAGAGGGAUCAGGAGGAAUCAGGGAAAAAUGGAGAAAAGUUCAUCUUGUCACAGGAAACUUGUUGGGACCAGAGCGCUGCAUUUUCUUGGACAAGCUUCAUCGCGUGCUGGAGGACACUCCAGCCUGUCCUUUACAAGAUCUUUGCAUCAAGUUUCCUUUACUCAACUAAUGUACAGGCUAGUCAUGUAUGUGUUAUCUGUAGAGGUUGCUAAAUGGAGGCACACGAGCAUUGCCAUAGGAUAACAUUUCAGACACUAAUGAUUUCUGAAUAUUGAGGACAAAUCUCCACAGACUUGACUGUCCAUGGGGGUGCUGCUCAUGUUAAUAAGUGUAAUCAGGAGAUGUUAUAUUUGUAUCAUCAUUGAUUUAACAAAGUUGGAGAGCUACUUUUGGAAAGGAACAUUAGGAUGCAUCACUACAGCAGAGCUGUUCACAUUGACACACAGCCUAACAAUGGUGCAGUUGCUGCAUACUGUGUAUAUAUAUUUUUUUGUGAUUAUCUUUUUGUCUUUGUGGAAGAGGGAUGGGGGACAUUUGGACAAACAGCUUUGCAUCUGUCAGUCAUGCACACUCCUAAUCAGCACAAACACACUCCUCAGUCCUUUAUAAAACACUAAUCAUCAUGAUAGAUUGUAGUUGUAAGCAUCUAAUUUAAGCCAUACUCACAUACUCCUCGAUCAUGUUUUGACAAUGUGGCUUUCUUUUUCUUUUCCAGUAUGUGCAAUGUCCCCUUGAUUUUGGUCCCCCAUUAUACAUGCAUGCACAAUCUUUGCUGUCACAUCAAGCUCCGCUCUCGCUGACAGGCUUAGAGUGCCGGGGUGUUGGCUUACACUACUCCAGGGAAGGGAUGGUUCAUUCACUACACAGUUUAAAUGACUCCCUUCUGUAGUGCACCAAACAAAUGUGAACAUUUGAACCUGUUUUACGCCUCAACUGCGUCUUCCAUGCCACAUUUGCCAUCUACCCACUUUACUCUGCGCUUCAGUAAAGCACUUUGUCACUUGAUGCACUAAAGCACUGACCCCCCCACCCCGGUCUCGUCUUCUGUAUCGUCGACCUGCUCCUGCAAUGCAAGUGAAUGUGUUGAUUGAGGCUUCAGAGCGACUGACCCUGAUUUCUCUAUAUGUGGAUGUUUUACUUUGUCAUAAAAUUCAAGGGUUUAUUUUUUAUGCCCUUUUUUUGUCCUUUUUUUUUCUUCUUGUUGUUUUGUUUUGUUUUUUAUUUGAAAGGAAAGGUCUAUAUUGCACUGUGUUGUACUGGCCAGUGUCCUAAAGUGAAUAAAUUCUUAAUAAAAAUAUACCUGACUUAA